AUGAUUACACGACAUCUUCCAUUGGCACAAUCUAGCUGUAGAAUCGGAAGUCGCAUAACGGCGGAGGAGUAUGCUGGACGCCGUGCACGACUCGUCCAGAGCGUGAGAAAAGUAGCUGGUCAAACAGACCGCGAUCUAGUCAUUUUACUAAAGGGAUCAAGACGGUAUUAUAUUGCUCCAGAUGUUCCGGGUUCAUAUCGGCAAUGUAGUCAUUUCAGAUAUCUAAGUGGAGUCACGGUGCCUAAUUGCUACUAUCUCAUCCAUGCACCAAAACGAGGAGGUCGGCUACGACCGAUUCUGUUUAUGAACAAAAGAAGUGACUAUGAGGAGUUGUGGGAAGGUGCUCUUCCUGGUGAAUCAUCCCUAGAGAUCACCGCCGGGUUUGAGGAGCUGCUACCUAUUCGAAAAAUAAAUGAAGUGAUAACGAAGAUGGCGUCAUCAGAAGCGUCCUUAUUUUUCGAAUCAGAUGAUUGGGCAGGGACUGAGGUUGCUGCAGCUCGUACAAAGUACGGUGCCUAUCACUGCCUCAAAAAUCAUAUUGAUGAAUUGCGCUUGGUGAAAUCGCCGAAUGAAGUUCAAUCCAUGCGAGAUGUCUGCACAAUAGGAUCUCAGGUAGUGACGUCAACGAUAGCGGGCUGUCGAGGUUUCGAUAGUGAAGCUGCCAUUGGAGGACUGUUGGAGUUCGAGGCAAAAAGGCGUGGUGCUGAAAUGUUGGCAUAUCCUCCGGUUAUCGCGGCUGGACAGCGAGCUAAUACUAUACACUAUUUGGAUGCCAAUCAGGGAAUCGAAAAGAGCGAUUGUGUGCUGAUGGACGCUGGUUGUGAUCUGAACGGCUAUGUAUCCGACGUCACGCGUUGUUUCCCAAUUUCCGGAACGUUCUCUUCUGCUCAGCGCACACUAUAUGACGCACUGCUGUAUGUGCACGAACAAUUACUCGCGUACGCACAUGACUCGGAAAAAGUUGCUGAAUCGCUAUGCCCUCAUCAUGUGAGUCACUACCUCGGUAUGGAUGUGCAUGAUUGCACUUCGAUCUCUCGUGAUAUCGAUGUUCCUCACGGAACUGUUUUCACCAUAGAGCCAGGUCUGUAUGUACCGAAAGACUCGCAAUUUCCUGAGGAAUUUCAUGGUAUAGGAUUACGGAUUGAGGACGACGUAGUGGCGACCGCUGAAGGAAUAGAGGUGCUAACGGAUGCGGUGCCACGAUCACCUAGUGAAAUAGAAUAUCUCAUGCGAUCUCAAUAG